AUGUCUUAUUAUUACACUGCUCAACCAUACGCUAAUCCAGUUGAUUUAGAUUCAUUGUUAUCUUUAUUACAUCAACAACAAUUUAGACCACAGCAACCACAACAACAGCCACCACAGCCACCAUCACGCGUACUACAAACUUAUCCACACCACUACAACCCAGCUCAACAACAACCAAAACCAAUAAACUCUCGACCAAGGGUGGUUCAAAAAUUGGAAACUGAAGAUGAAUAUCAAAUUCAAAUUUACAAACCAUAUGGCAAUUUCAACAAUUAUGAAGUCAAGGUUAAAAAAUUAACCCCACCUUUGAUUAAAGUCAUUAUCUUUUCCCACCAAGAUGAUUUUCAAAUCGAUUUCAAUUUCAAUUUAAACUAUAUUGAUUUGGAAAAUAUCAAUUGGAGAUGGUAUAAACAGGAUAAUAUCUUGAGUUUGAACAUUCCUAAGAAGUUGCAUUAUAUUCAUUCCAAUUUAAAUGAUGUUAUCAAUUGUUUAUUAGGUGGAAGCUCUGAUCCUCAACGCCAGUUGUAUUUAGAACACGAUUCUCCUGAAUUUGAAGAUGAAGAACAGGAGUUGGAACAUGGUAAUGGUGAUGAUUAUGAUGAUUAUGAUGAUUAUGAAUUGGGUGAUUCAGAUGAUUCUUCACUUGAUGAACACGAAAGAUUGGUUCAAGAAGCUAUUGAUGCUUUGAUUGAGAAGAAAAAGAACAAGAAGCAAAGCAAAAAGAAGAAGAACAAUCAAGAAGUCGAGAAAGCUGAUGGUGAGACUAAACAACAUCAGCAACAACAAUUACAACAAGAAGAAGCCAAGCAGGAAGCUUUCGAGAAGCAAAGACAGUUAGCACAGGAUGCUAUCGAUGCUGUUAUUGAAAAGAAAAAGAAGAAGGCAGAGGAAGAAGAAAAGAAGGCACAAGAGGAGGCUAGAGCUAAAGCGGAAGAAGAGGCUAAGAAGAAGGCAGAGGAAGAAGCUAAAGCUAAAAAGGAAGCUGAAUUGGCAGCAGAAGCCAGAAGAAAAGCUGCUGAAAUUGAAGCCCAAAGAAAAGUUCAACUCGAAAAAACCAGAAAGGAAUUUGCUCUUAAACAAGAACAAGAACGUCAAAAGAUUUUACAAGCACAGCAGGAAUUGGAAAAAUUGGUUAAAGAGCAAGAAGAGUUGGAACGUCAACACAAGUCUCAGCAAGAAGAGGACAACAAUUCCAUCAAAUCAAAAGAGUCUCAAUUGAAACUGGAAAUUCUUAAUGAAGAGGAUGAGUACAAUCAAAACUCGAAUGAUUAUGAACAAUACUUGAGGCAACAACAAGAUUUACUUGAUCAAUUUUUUGGUUUCAAUUUGGGUCCAGUAUUGACUUCGAAUUUGCCUUCUCAGGCUACAGACGAUGGAACUAGCACCUCAAAUACUACGAAAAAGACAAACAGUGCUAAACCAAAUGAUUUUGCCGGUGCUGCUAGAGCUAAAAAGUCAGAGCCAACCAAAAAGAAACAAGUUGACUCAGGUUCAAAGCCAAGCAAAGUUGAAGCAUCAUCAUCAAGAUCCGAUGAGGCUAACCAACUACACCAUUACUGA